UGUGCACGAUAGAUGUGCAUGCAUGCAUCGAUUAGGUACUUUGUCACUAUAUACAAAAUUUAAUUCAAUUUUAUAAUAUUUAAUUUAAGAAAUGUUUGUUUUAUAAGUUCAAUAUAUAAAUAGGAAGUAAGAGCAAGAAAUGAAUAUUCACUUAAUAGGUAGUUUAUUUGCAUUGCAAAUAAUUAACGUAUUUUCAAAGAUACCACAUUCUUUUGCAAAAACUGGUCAUUCAAACAAUUGGGCAGUACUAGUUGAUACAUCACGAUUUUGGUUUAAUUAUCGACAUGUGGCAAAUGUUUUGUCUAUUUAUCGGAGUGUUAAACGACUGGGUAUACCCGAUUCACAAAUUAUUUUAAUGAUUGCUGAUGAUAUGGCUUGUAAUCCAAGAAAUCCACGUCCCGCAACUGUAUUUAAUAAUAUUAAACAACAUAUUAAUGUUUAUGGUGAUGAUGUAGAAGUAGACUAUAGAGGUUAUGAAGUAACUGUUGAGAAUUUUGUUAGAUUGUUAACUGGACGAUUACAACCAGAAACACCUAGAUCUAAGAAACUAUUAACUGACGAAGGUUCUAAUAUUCUUAUUUAUUUAACUGGCCAUGGUGGUAAUGGUUUCCUUAAAUUUCAAGACUCCGAAGAAAUUACUAGUCAAGAAUUAAGCGAUGCUUUAGAACAAAUGUGGCAAAAAAGAAGGUAUCAUGAGAUUUUGUUUAUAGUAGAUACAUGUCAAGCUAGUUCCAUGUAUGAGAAAUUCUAUUCACCAAAUAUACUAGCUGUAGCAUCUAGUCUAGUUGGAGAAGACUCACUAUCCCAUCAUGUAGAUCCUGCUAUUGGGGUUUAUAUAAUAGAUCGCUACACUUAUUAUGCUCUGGAAUUUCUCGAAACUGUUGAACCAUCCAGUACAAAAACUUUAAGUGAAUUUUUGAAAGUUUGUCCAAAGCAUUAUUGUCUUUCGACAGUUGGAGUACGAGAAGAUUUAUUUAGGAGAGAUCCAAAGAUUGUUCCUGUCACUGAUUUUUUUGGUGCUUUAAGACCAAUUGAAUUGACAUCUAAUAUUGUAAAUAUUGUAGAUUUUAACAAAAGUAACAAAACAUUCUUAUCACAAUCAAAAGAAAAAUAUAAGCUUAUUUCGCAGUUUCCAAAUUUUUCACAAUAUAGUUAA